GGCCAAUAAAUUUAGUGUCUUUAGACCACUGAAAAGUAGUGCAACUGGAUGUCUGUGUUCGUUACUUGAUCCGGUCCCUUGCUUAUUUUCUGCAAUUUUGGGGUAGAUUUCUAUAAAGAGAAAGAGAAAAAGUUACUUCAGAAGAAUUUUCCGUCAUCUUUACACACCAGAUUGCGAAUCAAACAAGACUCGAUUAAGAUCGUCCCAAUUCUUGAUCUGGGUUUGAUUCGUAUUUGCUUUCGGCUCAAAUAUUUGUCAUGGAUACAGAGUUUCUUGAAGCACUGUGACAAAUGGGCUGUGUAACAUCAAAACAGACAGUGCCAGUGACGCCGGCGGUGGAUCAUUCUGGGGGGUUUCGGGACAAUGCGGUGGGUGGUUCUGGCCGGAAUUUAGAUGGGAAUGGCGAUGAUGUGGUGGCGCAAUUAGAGAACAAGAAGAGGAGAAAGAAGAAAAGGAAUACCAGGAGUGACUCAGGGCUGAAUGGGAGCGAGUUGGGUGAAUCAGGGAGGACGAAUUUCACCAUCGGCGGCGGUGAGUCGGUGAGCUUUAGGUUGGGUAAUUUACAUACAUACGUUGAAGUAGAGCAGGUGGCUGCUGGUUGGCCGGCGUGGCUCACUGCAGUCGCCGGUGAAGCCAUUCAUGGUUGGUUGCCUCUCAAAGCCGAAUCCUUUGAAAAAUUAGAAAAGAUUGGGCAAGGUACAUACAGCAGUGUUUUUCGUGCUCGUGAUCUAGAAACGGGAAAGAUAGUUGCCCUAAAGAAGGUGAGAUUCGACAAUUUCGAACCUGAAAGUGUUCGAUUUAUGGCUCGUGAAAUAGUGAUUCUUAGAAGACUUGAUCAUCCAAAUAUCAUGAAACUAGAUGGGAUAAUAACCUCACAGUUAUCAUGUAGCAUAUACCUUGUCUUUGAGUACAUGGAACACGACAUUUCAGGACUUUUAUCUUCCCCCAACAUCAAAUUCACAGAAUCCCAGAUAAAGUGUUACAUGAAGCAGUUGUUAUCGGGGCUGAAGCAUUGUCAUUCACAAGGAAUAAUGCAUCGUGACAUUAAAGGGGCGAAUCUUUUGGUAAAUAAUGAAGGGAUUAUAAAAAUAGGUGAUUUUGGGUUGGCUAAUUUUUGUAAUGUAGCUCAUGAUAAACGACCUUUGACUAGUAAAGUUGUUACUUUAUGGUAUCGGCCUCCUGAACUUUUAUUGGGGUCCACGGAUUAUGAAGCUUCAGUGGAUCUAUGGAGUAUAGGGUGUGUGUUUGCAGAGCUUCUUCUUGGUGUACCUCUUCUUCAGGGUAGAACUGAGGUUGAACAAAUGCACAAAAUCUUUAAGCUUUGUGGAUCACCAUGUGAAGAUUAUUGGAAAAAGUCAAAGCUUCCACAUGCUACAUUGUUUAAACCACAACGUCCAUACAAAAGCUGUUUAUGGGAAACUUUUAAAGAUCUACCAAAAAACACUGUAAAUCUUAUACAGACUUUGUUAUCCAUUGAACCCUAUAAACGUGGGUCAGCUUCUUCUGCCCUUGAAUCUGAGUAUUUUACCACCAAGCCUUAUGCAUGUCAACCAUCAAGCUUACCAAAAUACCCUCCAACUAAAGAGAUUGAUACAAAGCAUCGGGAACACUCUAGAAGGAAGAGGUAUGUUGAAAGAAAUCGAGAGCCUGAAACAUCACGAAGAUUAAAUAGUAAUUAUCCUAAUGGCAUGUGUAAAUUGAUGCCUGAGGAGAAUUUGCCAAUCAGAAACGAAGUAAGGCACAAAAUCAAUGGAAUUAGUUUAGAUCAUGAUAAAGAAAGUGACAUAAUCAUAGGUUUUGAGCCACGUGUAAACAAAAUAAACCGUGGGUCCCAUGAAGAGAUUCCAUUUUCGGGUCCUUUACAAGUUUCAGGUUCAAGUGGUUUUGCAUGGGCAAGAAGGCGACUUGAUGAUCCUUCGUCUAUAAGAUCACACAGUCGAUCGAGUUCAAAAAGUCGCAUAUCAGAACCUUCAAUAUUACAUCCAAGAGAACCAAUUUUUUCAGAAAAGAUUGAAAGAAUCAGUUCUAGAGGCCGAUUUGAUGGUUACCCCUCUCGAGAUUUACCUAUUUUUAAGAAAAUCGAUUUGAUUUAUCAGAAUCAAGAAGACAAAGUUGAGUAUUCGGGUCCUUUGUUAUCUCAAUCCCACCAAAUUGAUGAACUUUUGGAGAGACAUGAACGCCAGAUUCGCCAGGCUGUUCGUUCCAAAAAGGUAAAGCCUUUGAAAACGAUCCAUCACAUGCCGUGA